UCUUUUCUUUGUUCCUUAAUUAUUUGAGGUUCCUAUAUUUCUCUAUCUCCUCUUCUGCAGCCUCUCAUUUUGAUUCAUCCUCUCUGGCUUACUGCUCGUCGUUUCUAUUUGCAUUUUUGCAUCAUGGAUCGUGAUUUUCAUCGUCGUGGCCAAAAGGUGAAUGAUCGUUCACCGACCAGCCGCUUUGUUCGGUUGGAUAAACCGAGAUCUGUAGACGAUCUUGACAUACGCAAGAAAGGUAAGAUGCGUAGGUGGUUGUGUUGUUCAUGUCAUGUACAAGAAUCUAAACACCCUUCAUCUGAACAUAACCGAUCCAAAACCCCUCCUACACGCUACCAAGACUACGGACGUAACAAUAAGAAACCACCAGCUCCUAUGAAGCCUCCUUCCGUCUUGAAGGAGCCUACUACUAUUGAAGUCCCUGCAAUGUCAUUAUCUGAGCUCAAAGAAAAAACUGAGAGUUUUGGAUCAAAGGCUUUGAUCGGAGAAGGAUCCUAUGGAAGAGUGUACUACGCAAACUUCAAUGAUGGCAAAGCCGUGGCUGUGAAAAAGCUCGAUAACUCAUCAGAACCAGAGACAAACAUCGAGUUCUUGACUCAGGUCUCAAAGGUUUCUAGGCUAAAGAACGACAACUUUGUUCAGCUUCUUGGUUAUUGUGUCGAAGGAAACCUUCGUGUCCUUGCCUAUGAGUUUGCAACAAUGGGAUCCUUACACGACGUCUUACACGGAAGAAAGGGAGUACAAGGAGCACAACCAGGUCCAACACUUGAGUGGAUGCAACGAGUCAGAGUUGCGGUUGAUGCAGCUAAAGGAUUAGAGUACUUACACGAGAAAGUUCAACCUCCCGUUAUACACAGAGACAUUCGUUCAAGCAACGUGCUUCUUUUCGAAGACUUCAAAGCCAAGGUUGCUGAUUUCAAUCUGUCUAACCAAGCUCCUGAUAUGGCUGCUCGUCUUCAUUCCACUAGAGUCUUGGGGACAUUUGGUUAUCACGCACCAGAAUAUGCAAUGACAGGACAGUUGACACAGAAGAGUGAUGUUUAUAGUUUUGGAGUUGUGCUUUUGGAGCUACUAACCGGGAGAAAACCGGUUGAUCAUACAAUGCCACGUGGUCAGCAAAGUCUUGUCACUUGGGCAACUCCAAGGCUGAGUGAAGACAAAGUGAAGCAAUGUGUUGAUCCAAAGCUCAAAGGAGAGUAUCCUCCUAAAGCAGUUGCAAAGCUUGCGGCGGUUGCAGCGUUGUGUGUGCAAUACGAAUCAGAGUUUAGGCCAAACAUGAGCAUUGUAGUGAAAGCUCUUCAACCGCUCUUGAGGUCUUCAGGGACAGCUUCUGCUGCUGCUCGAAGAGCUCAAACUUGAGUUUUUCUUGGUUGAUGCAAGUUGAUUCAUUCAUGGCCACAGGGUUUACCGAUGGAAUGUGAAGGAGGAGAUAGUGAGAAAAGUUGAUGGAGAUGGACUUAAGACUUCUGAUUCAGUGACUUUAUACAAAAUCAUAAUUAUACAUAGCUUUUAUGUUCUUUUAAAAUAAUCAUCUAAGACACUAUACGAAAGAGUAAAUAUGUUUCAGUAACCUCUGUCAUUUGAUUAACAAACAUUCUGUUAAAGUUGAUUAUGACACAUAUUUGUCCACAUUUGUUUUAUUUUGUC